AUGACUGAGAUGUUUUGGGCUAUCAAGGUUUCUCUUGAUUCCUUAAGCAACAUUUUGAUAAAUAAUUCAUCAGCUCCUUACAGUGUCUUCCCGGACUCUCGGCCAUUUCUGAGAUGGUUACGUGAAAAAGGUCUUACAGUUGGCCUCAUUAGCAAUGCUGAAUACCGUUACAAGGACGUUAUUCUUCCUGCCUUGGGCUUGAAUCAGGUAUCGAGAAACCAGACCCAAAAAUUUAUCAAAUUGCUAUUGAGAUUUGAGAGGGCUGGAAAUAUUGCACCGGAAGAACCUCUGCAUAUCUGUGACAGUAUGCGCAAAGAUUACGUGCUAGCCAAGAGUGUUGGAAUGCAUGCAUUGCUACUAGACAGAUUUAAGACUCCUGAUGCCAAGGAGUGGAUAAAAUCUGGUGCAAUUGUACUUCCUGACUUGGUGGCAGUACAGGAAAUGCUUAGUCCAGACAAGUUGACAACGGACUUAUAG